ACACGACUUCACAAAAUCAUUCCUUUAAAUGGCUUGCAUUGCCUCCUCUACGUGCAUCAAUGAAGAAGUGGUGUGCCAAACCCCAGAGAGUCCAAAAAGUGACACACUCCAAAAUGUUGCAAAACAGCUUCAAUACUACACAUCAUUAACUACUGCAAAAGAAGAAACUCAUCAGAAUGAAGAUGAACAUGGUACAAGCUCAAAUCCCAUCGCCGUCGAGUCUGCACCAGCUAAAAUCAGUGAUCAGUUUUCUUGUGCUGAUUCUAGAAACAGGAGAGCAGCAGUUCUAGUAUGCAUUUUCGUAGGACAGGAAGGCGAGCUACGCGUAGUUCUCACCAAAAGAUCCAUGAAGUUGUUCUCUCACCCAGGAGAGGUAGCACUGCCUGGUGGAAAGAUGGAGGAAAUAGAUGCCGAUGACUACUCUGCAACCGCGCUGAGAGAAGCCAUGGAAGAGAUCGGAUUGGAUCCUGAUCUAGUUCAAGUUGUUGCCAAUCUAGAGCCAUUUUUUUCCCAGCACCUACUCAUGGUUGUUCCUGUGCUGGGAUUACUGGCCAGGAUAGAAGAUUUCAAGCCAGUGCUCAAUACUGAGGAAGUUGAUGCUAUUUUUGAUGUCCCAUUGGAGAUGUUUCUCAAGGAAAAUAGUCAUAGAUGUGAAGAGAGGGAAUGGCAACAAUGGAAGUACGCGGUCCAUUUAUUUGAUUAUGAAUCAGAACAAGGAGCUUUCUUGAUAUGGGGCUUAACUGCAAGCAUCCUUAUUCGAGCUGCCUCCAUCGUCUACCAGCGCUCUCCACCUUUCGCCAAACAUCUCCCCGACUUCCAGCAAUUGCAACUGGCCUUGAAUACUGUGGCAUAAUGUCAAAUUCAAUUCUUCCGACGCAUCAAAGUGAGACACACGUUGUAAAACAUUACUCGAAAACCAAGCUAUAAUUUGCAUUGAAUGAAUCAUUAUACAGGGAAGCCAAACAUGCCUUUGUUUGGAAGAUUUGCUUA